AUGGACCCCCGCCUUUGUGCCCAGGAUGUCUUGCGCUGUUCACUCUGUGAGACUCCGGGCCCCCGUUUGCUUUGUGAUAUUUGUCACAUACACUUGUGCGAAGAUUGCGUGGGGAGGCAUCUUUUAGACGAGACCACAGAACACAAAGUGGUGAAAUUCAAACACAUGGGAUCUAUCGCAAACUACCCUAUCUGUCCAAAUCAUUUCACUCAGCAGUGUGAACUUAGUUGCAAAGAAUGCGACAUCCCUAUUUGUGUGCAGUGUGUUGAACAUCUAGGACACAACACUAUUGACAUUUUGAAGAGUAUAGAAACCAAGAAAGAAGUUGCUCGGAAGGAUCUACAAGAAUUAGAGAAAUCAAUCUAUCCUAAAUAUUUGGAGAUUGCAUCUACCAUCUCAGUUCAAAAAACUAAUUUUAAAGAAAACCAUCAGAAAUUGAUAAGAGCUCUGGACAAACAAUCAGAAGAUAUGCACAGAGAAAUAGACACCGUUGUUAAGACAUUGAAAUCUGAUGUUGAUAAAAUGGAGUUUACACAUCUGUUUGUCCUAAAUGAGCAGGAAGAUGAACUCAAAUGCAGUAUAAAUGAAAUCAAACAAAACAUGGCUUAUUUGAAGAAUUUACUGAACUCUGCUGAUGUCAACAAUGUCUCUACCUACAAAUCAAGAAAUGCUGAAUUUAGAAGGCUGCCUCCUAAAAUCGAAGUUUCCUUACCGAUUUUCAUCCCUCAGAAAAUCAACAAAGAACUGAUCUUUCAACAGUUUGGUUCUUUGUCAGAAUUGACAAUCAAAACUGAUGAAUAUGGAUAUCAAUUGGAUAAUCUGAAUGCUAUGUCCCAUCUGCCAGGCAGACCACUUACUGAUGAACCAAUGAUCAUCUCUGAAAUAAACACCGAAUACGGACACUCUAAUAACUUACACAGUGUGUCCUGUCUGAGUGAUGAAGACAUUUGGACGUGUGGUCAAGAUAACAUCAUAAGACUAUACAACCUCCAUGGAAAACUAGUAAAUUCAAUCCGCACCAAGUCAGGAAACCAGCCAGGGGACAUAACACUGACGCCGUGUGGGGAAGUAGUUUACACUGAUCACGAAGAUAGAACCGUGAACAUAGUAAAAAGUACGCAGACGCAGGCCUUGAUCAGACUAAAGAGGUGGAUACCUCUCUAUGUAUGUAGUACCAUCUCUGGCGACCUCCUGGUUGCAAUGAUCAGUGAUGUAUUGAUACAAGCAAGAGUUGUGCGUUAUUCUGGAUCCACAGAGAAACAAGUCAUUCAAUUUGAUGGCAAUGGACACUCACUCUUUUCAUCUGAUGACAUUCGUUACCCAAAAUAUAUCAGUGAGAACAAGAACCUAGAUAUCUGUGUGUCUGACUGUAUAGCUGGUGCAGUAGUCGUGGUCAAUGAUGCCGGGAAACACCGCUUUACGUACACCGGUCCUCCAAUCUCAACAAAGGCACCGUUUUAUCCAAUUGGAAUUACUACAGACAUGCAAGGUCGGAUCUUGACAGCCGACAUAAACAAUCAUUGUAUUCACAUCCUGGAUCAGGACGGUCAGUUCCUCCGCUACAUUGAUGAAUGCGGUUUACUUGAUCCAUGUGGUUUAUGUAUGGACACCAAAGACAUUCUCUUUGUGGCUGAAAGGGAAACUGGUAAAGUGAAGAAAAUCAAAUAUACAAUAUGA